AUGGCCAAAACUUGGCUGCUUCCGUCAAGAUCUUCGCCGCCACCACAACGAGCAAGGAUCACGCUCAACAACCUCCCGGACGAGCUCCUGUGCAUGAUUUUCGCCUUCAACGUCUCCAAGAUCUUCGAUCUACAAGACCUACGCCAGUAUCUCGCCGGCGCACGAGCCAACAGCGCGACGUCCCGCUGCGCUAUCGAAGUGCUGUGUCGACAUUUCAACGUCCAGUGGGAUAACAAAGAUCGCAUUUCCCAUAAGUUCUCGGAAGCAGAAGUCUGGGCCGGAUCAUAUCGUGGCCGUGACCGCCCUACCGCCAAGGAUCUGGCCACGAGGGAUGGAGGACAGUUUCUACGGCCCUGGACCUAUCUUUCAGGGCCUGGCAUACGCACGCUUGUGGCGGCACAGGGCAAGAAGGUGCUUUGGGGGCAAAGUGUGCAGAUGCUGAGAGUUAGCCCAUCUCUGGCUGAUACUGUGGUCAUCUCUCUCUUCUUGAGGGCUAGGUCUGCUGGUGAUUUGCACGCUGUGCUAAGUCAGGUGGAACUGAUUGCUCGGGGGCUGCCGCAGUUGAGGACAGUGACACUCAACUUCGAACUGAAGGACCCGGAAUGGAUGCAGCAGGGCUUUGUGGCGAGACAUCUGGAUGAUUUUGUCAGUUUGCUCGGCGAUCGCGGCUGUGCCGUCAGAGUUGUUAGGCUUCCAGCAUUUAUCGUGCCUGUCCCGUUGGUGUACAGGCUGCAAAAUCUCUUGUUGCCGAGUCCCGAUGAUUCAGAGCGAACCGUCGGUUGCAAGUGCGUCGUGUUGAUCCUCGUUUGGCUUGGAAUCUGCGCUGCACUGGCUUGUAUUAUGGCCGUUUGGUUGUCAGGCGGCUAG